CAGUGGAAGUGCUGGUAGCUGCAGUGGAGGAGUGGACAGGAGGCAAUGGGGUAUGUUUCAAAGUGACAAACAGAUGGGUUAGCCCCCUAUAGAAGUGAAAACAUGGAAAAUGCCCAGAGAACAAUCAGUGGAAUCACUGAUGAUACUCCUUAAGCCACUGGCCAAGAACAGUGUGACUGGGAUAAAAAGUGGUCAGUGAGAACCUGGAUAUCUUAUUAAGUGGUCAGCAUGUCUGCAGAGGGGGAAUCUCAAGAGAACAUCAUGAGCUUCAGAUCACGGACAGUAAAGAACACAUUCCUCUGGAGGGUCAGAGAGCAGUGGAAGCUGUUAGGCCUGUUUGAAAUAAAUAAGGACCAUGAGUUUUAUGACCUGACUUGCAUGCUGAAGAAGGGGCUAUCUACAGCCGUUCAGCAUUCUGUUGACAACUCAGAAACACUGGGUGAGCCGACUGAAAAGGAUUAUGCUGAUGUGUUAAAACAGUCUCAUGAGGGGUUUGAGUUGAGCACUUAUGCAGGACCAGUAUUUUCCCAUUUCAGACAGACAGUGGGAAUAACAGACAAGGAGUACCAGAGCUCAUUGUCUUCUGAAGGGUUUUAUCUGCAGUUCAUCAGCAACUCAAAAAGCAAAGCAGACUUCUUUCUUACGCAUGACAAGAGGAUUUUCCUGAAAACUCAGACCAAGAGAGAGAUUCGGUUUCUCCUAACAAAUUUGAAGACUUACAUUCAUCAUCUGGAAAAGUACCCCCACUCUCUACUCGUCAAAUUUUUGGGUGUUCACAGGAUUCGCACACCUGAGCUUGGAAAGAAGUACUUUAUCAUUAUGCAGAGUGUCUUCUACCCCGAUGAGAGGAUCCUUGCAAGGUACGACAUUAAAGGAUGCCAAGUCAGUCGCUGGACAGAUCCUGCUCCUGAAGGCAGCCAAAUCAUUGUGGUGCUUAAAGACCUCAACUUUGAACAAAAACAUAUUAAUUUAGAUCAGCAACGUUCCUGGCUUGUUCGCCAAGUGGAAAUUGAUACACAAUUUCUUCAGACAUUGAACGUGAUGGACUAUAGCUUUCUUCUAGCAUAUCAACCUCUUCAUGCUGAUGAGAGAAGGCAAAGCUGGUCCUUUGCUAGCAUCAUUCUCAGGACUAAAAAGUCUGUUAAUUCAGGGGGUAGUCCCACAGUUUCCAGCCAUACAUUCAUUCCUGGGAUUGUGGAAGAGGAGGAAACAACUGACCUAGUUACAGAGGAUCUCAGCAAUGCAGCAGCUAUCCAUUGGGAGGAGGUUCACACUGGCACAUCACAUCUUAAGAAGAAACAAAAUUCAGAGAUUAGCACAGACCUGCAGCUACACGAUCUCACCUCUCAGCAUCGCAGAUUGCUCCCUGGCUACAAGAACCCACUUCAUGUGAUUGAUGGUCCUGAUUUACGCUACUUUGUGGGAAUCAUUGAUAUCUUUACUGUUUACAGCUUCCGCAAGAAGCUGGAAUACCUCUGGAAGAGCAUCCGAUACAGGGGUCAGAAAUUUUCUACUGUUUCUCCUGCCAUAUAUGCAAAUCGAAUCUGCCAGUGGAUUGAAUCACACACUGUUUAGCAAAAAAAAAAGCCUUAUCAGCCUUGAUGAAGAGACACACACUGCAUAAUUUUUCAUCAGUUGUCUUAUUUUAUCCCAUAGUUUUACAGCUUUUUCUAUAUCCUUUACAUGGAACUAUUCUUAAUACUGCAUCCUAAAGAAUAAUCAUUGACCUGCUGCAUAUGAAACUUUAAUGCAUUACAUCUCACCCCCCUCUGAUAGUUCUGCAAGAUUUAUUCCACUGUGCAACUGUUUUCUCAUAAUGUCUUACUCCAUUGGGAUGCAUUCAUUUAUUUAUUUUGUACUUCUUCAGACAUACUAAUUUGGGUUAUUUUAACAAAUAUUCAGGUCAUCAGAUCUGCUGCUCUUGAUGUAGCCAAGUCACUAAGUUCUUUCAUGAGAAAUAAUGAAUGUAUUUCAGAAAUAUAACAGUAGCAGAACACAGCAAAAGGAAGUAAUGAAUUUGACUUCUCAGACUUGUAUAAAACUAGUACAGCUAUAUCAUCUCCCACACAAUUCUGACAAUGAAUAACAGUCUUUUUAACUCAUGCCUCUAAGCUCCAUGUUUUGAUUAUACAAGAUAUUUUGCAAAUAUAACUCUCCUAAAACUCAGACCAAAAGUCUAUUUACAGUGCCAUUUCACUCACUCAUGCACAUCCGUUCUUUAAUAUAAGUCAAUCAAUACCAUCUGUGCACCCCUAAGUCCUCAGCAGGAAUUGUUUUCUUGUCGUGAUCCAACAGUUUAUUAAUAUUAUUACUUAAAAAUCUAUACAAAUGCUUAAGUAGCUGAGCUCAUGAUAUGCUAAAAAAAUCAUUUUCCUUAACAUUCAGUAAUCAUAAUGAGAUAGCCUCAUCAGGGUAAUAAAAUAAAAACUUUGAAAUCUUUGGUAUACAUACACAUGACAUUUUAUUUUAAACAUUUUUGGAUGACUAAGUUUAGGGAUAUAUAUUUCCAAAUGUUUAGUUUAAGAUUCUUACACAGCUCGGUUAUGGUUUUAUUAUUUAGCACAGCUGAAAAGCACACAGACCUGGACUAAGAAGUUGCUAACAUGCUAAAAAAAUGCAGCUAUUGACAUCUGAUAGCCAAACUAAAAAAAUACAUUCAUUUACUGUGUUUGCUUUUUCCUCAGUUUUACCUAUUAUUUAUGUUUAACACACAUUUUCCUAGUUUCAGUAUGAAAAUGCAGCUGUAGCAUCAUGUGACCAGUAUUUUUUCUAAGGUAAUAACAUUAUUUAUAUAUGACUGCACUUAACGUUUUAUUCUGCAAUUAGUGCAGCAUGAAGUACAAAGCUGUAGGUAUCAUUUUACAUCUUUAGUUUUGUCUUUUCUCCCUAACAUGUGUUGGGUUUUAGAUGCUGUAGCAGUUGUGCCUGUACUAUAGGAAUCACGUAAGCCAAGGAUAAGGGGAAUAGAAAAUGUGUAUGUAACCAGUGUCACCUGUUCAAUUAAUAUUUUGGGUACAGUGCCUACAACCUGUACAGGUUACCAUUGCUGGAAGGCCACAAGCUCAGAGGCUUGACAUCUGCUUAUGAACAAAGGAAAAGUAGGGUUACUUAAAAAAUAAAAAUAUAUGUACACAAAAACAGAUUCCAGGAAGCUUUGCUUCAUGCUAAUGAAGGUUUAUGUUACAAAAAUGUGGGAAUCAGUAAUACAAAAAAAGCACAUGAAAAAUUAUAUCAACUUCUCUCCAUUUACAUUUCAAGCUUUUUUCUUUAUCUGUACUAAUGAUCCAUCCAUGAAAGAAAAAAGAGUUUGUCUCUUACAGUUUACUUACAACAGUAUAUUGGCUAAGAGAUGAUAUUCUAAUGACUUGUCAUUGCAUCUUAGUCACUGCUCAGAAAAAAAUGAUGUAACCAGACCUGGGCUUUCCACUGAGAAAGAUCGAACCUGUUCUGUACACAUUAUACAAAACUGGUGUAUAACUCUGCUAAGAUGUUAACUAUAAAUUACACCCACUUACAAAGCGGGUGUAAUUUAUAGUUAACAUCCAUUUGCAAAGUUCAGGUAUAGUCACAUCAGAGGUGUAGCUACUUAUUUUGGCACCUGGUGCCAUCCCCCGAUCAGGCCCCCUUGCCUUAAUGCUAGUUGAGGAGUAAAAAAAAUAAAAAAGUCCUCUCCUCACAUGGACUUAAAGAAGCACUUCAUUUCUUACCACAAAUGCAAAUUUCUGAAUGCUGAUAUUGCACUGAAGACCAGUUGGUUGUCUUCUGAUUGUGCCACUAACACUUUCCACCCUCUACACUACUGAUUAACAGCUGCACAAAGCUUAUGGACUGAGUUUAAUCUAGCAGGUCUGUUACUUAUGCUGAUGUCUAACAUUAGUUAACUAAAACAUCAUAAACUAUCAUAGAAACACAUUGCAAAUGAAAUGGACAUAUGAUUUAAUAUGAUAGUAUACGCUUUUUGUUUUACAACCCUUCUGUGAUGGUAAUGUAGCUCAAGGUUGUGCCUGUUCUCAUUUAAAGGGUCCCAGUGAAGGCAGAAUAAACAGCAAAGCUACUAUUUAUGCAGAAGCUGUUAAUAAUACAUUGACAAGAAUUAUGUGAAAACUCUAAUAGAAAAGAUUGUCUUAAAUGACUUCUGAUGAGAGAGACAGCCUCGUGCUGUUUAUCACUUUAUACUGAUUUCUUUUGUUCACUUUCUUUCUCUUCUGGGAAGGAUAUGCAGUUUUUUUAUCCCUCAAGGUUUGAAAUGUCAGGGAAAGUAUUUCUUCAUAAAUAUAAAUUCAGGUUUUGAAUAGAUGGUGAUGUGUCAAGAAAGUAAACAUUUUUCAACCUGAUUUCUUUUAGUUUUAAGAAUUAUGACACUUGCAUGGUAAAAAUGUGUUUCAUCACAGCCAGUGUUUCAUUGUCUGACAUUGCAGACUUACCAAAGAGGCUAUGGACUUGUCAUCACUGGGUAUGUCAGCUGCUUGUAGUGCCAGUUCACAGAACACUGAGAUAACGAGACGUAAUCAUAAGCAUAAGAGUAAACCACUGGGAACCACAACCCUAAGUUACAGCAAAGUACGAGAACUAGUCGUACAGCAGUUUCCACAGAGCCAACUUCUUAUGUGCAGUUAAUCAAAGAGAAAGGCAUCAUUCUGGAAAUAAAUGCCUGUUGAAGGUAUACAAGUACACCAGAGCAAAGUUCUGCAGCGUAAUAUGCACUAUUUUAUCCUCUUGUAUCCUGUGUGGCUUAUCUUUUUCACAUGUGGGUUAUAUAUUGAUUUAAUUGUAAUUGAACACCAAAGAUGUUUUAAACAACACUGUUGUGGUUCUCAAAGGCCUAUAUGAAUGUGCAUUUCUCAGUUAUGAUCAUCUAUAUCUGCCAUGUCAAUGGACACAGACAGAUAUAUAAUCAAAUAAGCCUAAGAUGAUCUGUGCUAGAAAGUGCCUCAAUGAAGAGUUAAUUGGGAACAUGUAACUUUAGACAGAAAAUAAAGAAUAUUUUUUACAUUA